AUGCCCAAAGAGCAGCAAAAAUACAUGCAUCGGUGUCGCACUGGUCAAUGCAAGGCAACAUUUACCUCAAAAGAACAGUAUGACCUUCACUAUCAAGAAAAGCAUCAGCAGUUCUUUAUCUAUUCACUGCGAGGUGAAAUGACUCGCAUCUGUCGUCAUGCCAAGACAAAGCUAUAUCACUGUCCCUAUGAUGACUUUACAGCUGCUUCUUCCAGCAAAAUUGCAGCUCAUUUUUCUCAAGAGCAUCCACCACUUCAGCAGACAUCUUCACUUCUAGCUCUUUCCAAUCUGACUGUUGCAAAUCUGUCAGACGUGGAAAUGCCCAUGGUCUAUCAGUCCUCCAUACAAUCCGAUCAGUCCUCCAUUCAGUCUGCUGCAUUGCACACUCCCUCAGCUCCUUACACUGAAUCCUCUGAGAUUUUACCUUUUAUCGAUGAAGUUACUUCUUCACGAUCAGUGAUCACAUCCUUUGAUUCAGGAAACAUAGAAAAUAUGGCUGAAAUUGUCAGUGAUAUUACCAUGCUCACCUCACCACAACACCUUGAUGGGUCUAAGUCAUAUCUGCUCAUCACACCCUUUCUGGAAGCUAUUGGCUGCCUUUAUCACAUGCAUUACAAGCUUGUCAUCUGCGUUGCAUGUGGAGUGGCCUAUUCAAAAGAUAAACUUGGUGGACAUCUCAAAACUCAUCACAUUAUGCUGACAAAAUAUGUGCAUAUGUGGGAAGACUUUUGCAAACAACAUGAGGUGGUUGCUCCUGCCUCUGCCGAGUGUCCUUCUUCAAAUGGUCCUCCUGUUGAAGGGACCAUCAAGAAGCACAUUUCCACCAAUCAUCGUGGUGCUUCCUCCACAGCUUUAUCUCACUAUGAAGAUGCUUGUGUUCAAACAUUCUUCUAUCCUGUGUCGACACGUUAUUUUGCUAUUCUUCCAUCCCUUCGUCAAGUACCUUCUACCUCUCCAUAUGCUGCUUUCAUCCAAAACGUCCUACCCAACAUCACUCCUCCAUUCAAGCCUCUACCACAAAAGAAUCAUCAUCUCACACCAUUGGUUGAAAUGACAGGAUGGGCCAAGUUUAUGGAGAACCACAACUUGAUGACAUCAAAGCAGGCUAUACAGGAUUUGAUGGCAUUUACAAGUCUUCCUGAUGCAUCUGAAACAUAUCUCAAAGGCCUUGAUGAUGCAGUUUGGAAGUACACAAUUGCUUGUCGUCAGGGUGCAGAUGCUGUGCCAUACAUGUGCCGUCGCAUGCUGCUACACUGUCCUAUGUGA